AUGGCCGACCAUUCGCAAGUGUCGCCUGCGCCGCCGCAGAAUGUUUCGCGUGGUGAUUACCUCGUCGUUCUUCAUCCUCACGAAGCCGGUGGAGAGGACGAAUUAAAGAUGAAACGCGGCGAUAUUAUUCUUCUCGAAGAGAUGGAUGAAGAAUUUCAAGAUGGAUGGUGGCUUGGACAGCAUCCAGCUUCGGGCGACAAGGGCCUCUUCCCUGCAGGCUUUACUAGAAAGGCGCAUGCCCACGAGCGCUUGAAGGCCCGUCAAAUGACGCCUUUGUACCAAGAACCAAUCGAGUUCGAAAAGACCGAAUCGCCGACGCAAAUGGGACCGACAACACCGGUCGACUCAGCUUUCCCCACGGUGGGAAGUGGGCAAACGACACCCCAAGCUUCGCGCCACGCUAGCACCGCGGAGAUGCAGGCGCAGAUGAGCUCUCCAGGCCAGCAGCGAUCAGCCUCUUCCCCACUGCCACGCCCAAGUCUGGCGGCCGACAUCCAGCAAGCUUUCCGCAAAUCAAGCUUCGAUAGUCAUGAGAAUGGCGAGGAUAGUCCGGUGAUGCACGAGACUUUGAGUGUCAUCGAUGAACAUAUUACCGAUAUGAACACGCCUCGCCACAGCCUGUCCACCCAGGACGCGAAAACGAUGAACGACUCCGGUAGCGAGUACAGUAGCCACGUGAGCCACCGCAUCUCCUACAUCAACGGAAAUGAGACGGAUGAGGAAGAGGGUACACAUCUGACUGAAGCGCAAGUGCGCCGGUGGAGUCAGGCCGAGACCGCCAAACAGAUGCGUGCCAUUGGCGUCGAUUCAAAACAUUGUGAGAUCUUUGAAGAACAGGAAAUCACCGGUGACGUCCUUCUUGAUAUGGAUCAGGACUUCAUUUUCAUGAAGGAGUUUGACUUUGGAGUCAUGGGCAAGCGUCUCAAGACGUGGCACAAAGUAAAGGCCUUCCAAGAGGAAGUGAAGGGCUUCCAGCCGCAGUCGCCGCAGGCUACACGAGGUUCCGUCUCGGGCUUUGGUGGCCCCGAGGAACGAACUUUGUCUCGCGCCGGUCACACAGGGCCUUUCCUGCCACGUAUUCCAACGGUGUCGGAAAAGACUGGUGCGGGCUAUAGAGCAUCCGCUGGACCUGUCCAGCAUCCUCGACUGGCGAGCAACAGCAGCUCUCCUAUGACCCCGAACACUCCCCCAUUCGGCCAGGACUCGCCAAGAAGAAUCUCCGCUGCCUCCAUUCGGGACCUCAAUCACACGCGACGACACUCGUCCAUUGACGCCACUCACCAUGGACCCCUUAGCUCGGCUAUGAAUGGUCAUUCAAAGAAGCCUUCAUUUGACCGGGGUUGGACGCUCAACGGUGGUUCUGGUACGUUGCCAGCUCGUCCAGGAACCUCAAUGGGCACGACGUCAGCUUUCCGUGGACCGCAGACCGUCGAAUCAGAGCCUAACACGCCCGACCAGUUCGAUGAUCUAGAACGGGGCUAUUUCUCCGGCACUGAAGUUGAUUCCCGCCGAGCUCGCCGUGUUCUGCAGAAACGAGCCUCAGCGGCUGGUAGCAUGAGCCAUUCUCGAAAGUCAAGUUAUGCGGAUGAGCCUUACAGAGUUAAAUCUGCUGGCCAGCGUCAGUCUCGUAUUGCCAGUGUUGACUCUAUACAUGAUGCUGCUGCUGCUAGACACGUCUCCACCGCUGCCCAAACUUAUCACGGCGAUGCGCCCCAGAAGAGCCGUUUCCGAAGUCUGAGUACUCGCGUGUCUCAGCGGAGCGGUACCAACGAUUCCCAGCUAUCCAAUCCAGACAGCAAGGAUGGCAAGCCCGGUUUUUUCGCCAGUCUUGGGAUGAGAAAGGGAGAUUCGGAUGGCUCGACUCGCUCGCCCUUGAACUUCCAGCUGCCGAAGAUGGCUGGUGCUGGCAAGAUCCGACGCGCUGUUGGUCUCCGCAAUGCUUCCGAUGGUGUCACCAAGACCACUGAUAUCUCUUCUCCCGUUUCGCCCAGCUCCGAGCGUCACAGCACUGACGAGUCUGGUAAGGCUGCCGAUGGUGCCGGAUUAGUUGUCCGUCCUCGGACGGUUAAAUCCAAGAAGGAUACCAGUGCCUAUACCCGCGGCCUCGAGAAGAAGUCGCCCCAAGAACAGAUGGAUGGCUGUGACUACAGUGGAUGGAUGAAGAAGAGAUCAUCCAAUAUGAUGACGACAUGGAAGCCUCGAUUAUUUGUCCUCCGUGGCCGCCGCUUGUCCUAUUACUACUCCGAAGAUGAUACGGAAGAACGUGGUCUCAUUGAUAUCACUGCUCAUCGUGUGCUUCGUGCGGACAACGACCCUAUUAUCGCGCUGCAUGCCACUGUCACCGGCGCCACUGCGUUGCCCGCCAAUGCUAGUACCAGCGAGAACGGCAGCGGCAUGAAGCUCACAACCCCAGCCGUCAUUGCGUCUCUUACCAACCGGGACGGCAACGGGCCUUUCUUCUUCAAGCUGGUACCCCCUAAAACAGGAAACUCUCGCACCGUGCAAUUCACCAAACCCACCACCCAUUACUUCCAGGUUGAUACCGUCAGAGAGGGUCGUUUAUGGAUGGCCGCCAUGAUGAAGGCAACUAUCGAACGUGACCUAUCAAUGGCCGUCGAGAGCACCAACAAGCAGAAGACCAUUAGUUUGAAGCAGGCCCGACUGAUGAAUCAGCGACCCCCUGCUCUGAUGAUCCCUGUUGAACAAGACCCAGUCAUUCAUGAAGAAGAGGAGGACAGUGGCCUCCGGAUCGAUGGCCUGAAUUUGGACAAAGCACCUUCUUCAGAAGGUGGCUCCUUUUGUCGAUGCAAAGGUCGAUCUUGA